AACCUCCAAAACAAAUGAAGAAAUGAAAAUGCCGUCUCUCUCUCUCUCCCUAAGAGGCACAAACCAGCGCUCUCUCAUCCGUAUUUUCCAUGGCCGCCUCAACGGUUCAGUGGAAUCUGUCUCUCUCCCUUCCCUCUCCCCACCACCACCAUCCAAAAUUCUUCCGCGACAAUUGUCUGACAUCUCUGAAAUGCCAUUUUGGCAUCCAUUCAAAAGCACUACCAGUUGCUUUCAAUGGAAACUUCCUCGAAGCCACACGCCCCAUUAGAUUUGCCGGCAUCCAUUCCAAGUUUCCCCAACCGGGUAUUCGCAGAGCUCACUUUACUCAGAGAAUUCAGGCCAACGCCAUGGGUUCCGCCAGUGGUUCUCCUUCCACGAGCCUUCAAAGUGUCCUGGGUGUGCUGCAUUUGAUUGUCUCGCUUGGGAUCAUACUGGCCAUGGAUAAGGUUUUGAAGAAGGUUUUUGUGGCAGCUGCCAUUAAAUUCCCUAGUGCCCUGGUUGGGAUGUUUUGUGUAUUCACCGUUCUGACGAUUCUUGAUUCUACUGUUCCUGCUGCUGCAACCAGUUUGAUGAACUUCUUUGAGCCUGCAAUCUUGUUUAUCCAGAGGUGGCUUCCACUGUUCUAUGUUCCAUCCUUGGUGGUACUUCCAAUUGCCGUUAAAGAUAUUCCUGCUGCUUCCGGGGUUAAGAUUUGUUUCAUUAUAGCUGGAGGCUGGCUAGCUUCACUUUGUGUUGCUGGUUUUACAGCUAUAGCUGUAAGAAAAAUGGUAAAAACUGAAAUGAUACCUGCUGAGCCUAUGUCAAGACCAUCUCCUUUCUCUAACUUAGAGUUGUGGAGUUGGGCUGGGAUUUUCCUUAUAUCGUUUGUUGCGGCACUAUCAUACCCAACAGCACUUGGAACGAAUGCGAGAACAUGCCUUCCUUUCCUACUGGCAUCUACUGUGCUAGGCUAUAUGGUUGGUUCUGGGUUGCCAUCUGAUGUGAAAAAGGUUUUCCAUCCAAUUAUUUGCUGUGCAGUAUCUGCAGAUCUAGCAGCCUUAGCUUUUGCUUAUCUUUCUCGCUCUGGAAUUGAUCCUGUUCUAGGAUAUUACCUUACAAAGGUCUCAUCUAAUCCUGGAGCUGGAGACAUUCUAAUGGGAUUUUUAGGUUCUGUUAUUAUAUCUUUUGCCUUCUCAAUGUUCAAACAGAGAAAGCUUGUGAAAAGGCAUGCUGCUGAGAUUUUCACGUCUGUCAUCAUUUCAUCCUUAUUCUCCUUGUAUUCUACCGCUCUCAUUGGACGACUUGUUGGAUUGGAACCAUCUUUGACCAUUUCCAUUCUACCCAGAUGUGUAACUGUGGCACUGGCCCUCAGCAUUGUUUCCUUCUUUGAAGGUGCCAAUUCAUCUCUCACCGCUGCUGUUGUGGUAUUAACUGGGCUGGUUGGAGCGAACUUUGUCCAAGCAGUGCUUGAUAAACUCCGCUUCAAUGACCCAAUUGCUCGAGGGAUUGCAACUGCAUCUAGUGCUCACGGACUGGGAACUGCAGCAUUGUCAGCAAAGGAACCCGAGGCUCUCCCAUUUUGUGCCAUCGCUUAUGCUCUAACUGGUAUAUUUGGUUCUCUUAUUUGCUCUGUUCCGGCUGUCAGACAAAGCUUGCUUGCAGUGAUCGGUUAGAACAAUUAACACUUCAGUUAGUCCUUUGUCACACAUUGUUGGUGAUCAACUUAAUGUUGUUAUCAUAUUCCAGUGUUCUAUGUUAGACCAACGUUAAAGCCCUUAAUUGAGUGGAGUUAGAUCAUGCUUCCAUUAGUAGGGACGCAGCUUGUGCUCUUUGCUGAGACUGGACUCCUUUCACAAGCAUCUGUGUACAGGGACAGCAAUGGCCUCAAUAUAGUAUUAGUAAAAAAUAAAUUAUUAAA